AUGUUCACGGAACUAGUGGCAGUGUCACGUGCAGGACCAAGUGAGUGCGUAAGCUCGAUGAUCGCCUGGUGGAAAGCCUCCUCGUCACUGUCGUCUGACCGCGCAUUGUUGUCGUUUGAGAUUGCAGCCGGAUCUUCAAUGCCGAUCAUAGCGUUUAUUUGGCUACCAGGGGAUAACUCGUGUUCGCUUGUGGUUGAGUCGAUGCUUUCUGUUGGAUUCAAGUGGAGAUUGUCUCCAGGUGAGUCUCCGCUGGAAGAUCCUUUGAAUCCUCCGCCUUGUGAGCUUCCUCGAUGCAUUGACACGAGUGAGUCUGAAUCCUCAGCAGCUGAUUCAGUUGAUAGAUUUGAUUCCUGUGAAGAUUCUGCAGAAGUAGCGAUGGCAUCAGCGUUGCCAGUCGAUUCUGGAGACGAUGUCGAUCUUGACGAGCUAGGUGUGUCCGUUCUCGAAGAGGUAUCAGCGGAACUAUCGAGAGUGGAGUCCCUGGCUGGCGUAUUCGUGACAGGUGAAGAACUUGAUGAACUCGAGCCUGCACUGCUAGCAGAAGGUGAGGACGCUGUUGCUGUUGAUGGAAGUUCAUUGCUGCCUUCAGCUGCCGGAGUAAUACCCGUUGAUGAGCCACUCACAGGCCUAGUGGUAGACGACGGGGUAUUUGUCUGGGAACCACUCGAAACUGCACCCGUGGGGCUUUCCGGGGCGUUGGCAGCAGGUGAACUCGACGGCAGCGUGCUGGCGGUACCUGGGGGAGUGUUUAUCGCUGGAUCUGUCGCACUUACGGUACUUGAAGGCGUGUUCGCUGUUGGAUCCGUCGUUGUCGCCGCUGUCCCCGUUGGAGUUUCAGCUGAUGAUGUCGGGUUUGACGGUGAUGUUGUUGGUGUAUCGGCAAGUAAGGGGGUCGUAGGAAUGGGAACAUCUGCUGUCGGAAUUUCAACUGAGGUGCCUGGUGCAGUCGAUGGCAGUGUUGGUAUUGUAGUUGGCGUGUCAGCAAGCAGUGGAAUCGUGACGUCGGGAGUAUCUACUGUCGGAUUUCCGGCUGAGGCGCCUGGCGUAGUUGAUGCCAGUGUUGACGAGGGCGUUUGUGGGCUUAAAGUAACCGGAGAUGAAGUCGCUACAGCACCUCCCGCUACUGGAGUCUCUGCGGUCGGUCCUGGAACAGCUGCAGUCGGUGACUCGACAGAGGGUUCUGGAGGUACCGUUGCUAUCGCUACAGUCGAUGCAGGAGCCCCCGAAGCUGUCGUUGGCGACGGAGGGUCUGCGAGAAUCGGUAUGUCGGAAAAAGAGCCAGCGGUUGAUGGUGUCGGAGCUGUUGGAGUCGAUCCUGUUGAUGCCGAUGGCGUUGAUGGUGCUGGCGCUGUUGCUGUUGGCUGCGUCGAUGCCGUCGGAGAUUCAGUCACUGGAGAGGUUGUCGCUGUCGGAUUUCCUGCUGCUGGAGUUGAAGUUGCUGUCGGUGGUGCCGCAUCCGUCGGGGCCGUCGUCGGAGUAUCAGCAAGAAUAGGCACGUCAUCUGGAAAUCCUUCAAUAGUUGGUGCAGUUGUGGCCACUGGAGCUGUUGUUGUAGGAUUCGCGGAGCUGGUCGCCGAAGGAGUCGCUGUAUCCGCCGGGAUGGUCGUCACCGGGGCCGUUGAAGUGGAUGCUGUUGGAGUCGCCGUUGCUGGGGACGUCGGCGUAGUUGGCGUGGUCACUGAGGGGCUUGUCGAGGGCUGA